AGCCACCCAUGCACCCCUGAAAUGAGAAUCUUAAGCAACAGGAUGUUUUCUGGUGUGCUCCAUGCCAGGCUCCUGCAGCUGGCACCUGGCUUUCCCAGCACCAGCUCCCAAAGCACCAGAAACUUCCCUAACAUCCAGUGUCUGCAAUGCAUGAUGGUCAGCAACACACAGCCACCAGCAGCUUCUUGGCACCCCGCUUGGGUGGCUUUAUAUUGGAGUGUUCCUGGUGUGAACGGCUUUCUCCUGCACCCAAGACGGUGGAUUUCUGGGAAGCUCCAGCAACUUCUCCUGCAGCAGAACCUCUGUGACUAUUGUGCCAUCCUGGGAAACACCACACAGACAAGGCUGGAGCCAUCUUGGGAGACACCACCACAGACAAGGCUGGAUCCCAUCCCCUCUGUUUUCUGAGAUUCUGCAUCCACAAAUAUCCCAUCUCCUGCUCCAGCAUUUUCUACCUUUUCACUAACUCGCUGUUGUCUCUUCUAGGGCGAUGACCCAGCUAUCACUCACCCUCCAGGCUUGCCUGGUGAGGAGUCAGCUGACUUUUAAAGCUCCAGGAUCCAAGUCCCACUGGCUUUAAAAACUCGGCCUGUCUGGUUUUUAAAGCCAAACAUUAUGGGGACUAGUUUUCCCCAUAUGAGCUUCCUCCUGCAAGGACCAGUUUCUCUGCCCUCCUCAUGUGCACAAGGUCCUCCAUCUGCCUCCAUCUCCGACCUUCCAAAACCUUCAGAAGGUAAUUGCUUGCCUUGAGAAGGAGCUCUGUGCAGAGUCUGGGCCUCUCUCAUGGCUGCUGUGUCCCUUUGAGGGAGCUGGAGGGCGAGGUGCUCUGGUCCAUCUGCCUCAACUACUUGAGAGACCCCGUAGCCAUCAGCUGCGAUCACGUCUUCUGCUACCGCUGCAUCAUUCAGGUAAAAUUUUAAAUCAUCUGAAGAUUCUGAAGGGGGACUGAGACAGGAUCCAGAAUUUUCAGUCAACAGGAGAAGAUGAGGUUCGGGCCCUGCUGACAGAAUUCCAGAGUCAGAGGCAGGACAUCAUGUCAGUGUUUGAACAGGGCCACCAGUUCCUGGGAGAAAGGGAGCUGUACCUACUGGACCUGCGGGAAAGGAUAGAGCAAGAGCUCGCCCACGGGAGGAACAGCCAUGUCACCAAGAGCUCAGAGGACGCCGUCCGGCUUGGAACCCUCAUUUCUGAGUUGGAAAAAAUGGCUCAGCAGCCUGCAGUUGAGCUUUUCCAGGACCUGAGUGACGUCAUAAGCAAAUACCCCUGGAAGAAGCUCUGGAUUGAAAAGUGCUGUCAGUGCUGCAAUCAAAAGGCAGGAAAAUUGAGGAGGGAUCUGGAGUAUAAGACCACGAGGAUCGUCCUGAAUUCCCAGCCAGCCAAUGGCUGCCUCUCAGUGUCUCCCAAUGAGAAAAGCCUGAUAUUCACUGGUUUGUGGAUGAACAAAUACCAACAUGGUUGGAGAUUUGUCCCCGAGCCUGGAGUGCUGCUGAAGAAGCAGGUAUCUCUCAAGGCGACUGCUAUGAUGCCUGACAAGGAACCCGAAGCAGAGAGGGAUCCAGGAGCAGCCUAGCUACUGCUUGGCUCCCACAAAAUGGUCACCAUGGAACUCUUUAUGGAAGAGGAGAAAACACCACCACCACUGCCACCACCACUGUUUCAUAACCCUGCACUGAAUGUGGACACAACAACCACCCACCCCCAAAAGGAAACUCUGCCAGGGUAUGUGUAUAGUACCUAUGGCGUUGGUCAAGUAUUUUGGAUCAAGAAGUUAGGUUGUACUUUCAAUUGGUAAGUGUACAUCUAAAUGCCUCGGAGGAGAAUUUAUUCUCCGGGGUCACCCCAACCUAAAUUGUUGGCCCAUACAGAGAUCUUUUGUCCCUAUUGGUUGUAUUGAUGUUGCCUCUUUGAGCCAAUGAAUUAAAGCUCCAUAGGGUCUUCUUGUCCUAUUCCCACCUCUUCACAAGAAGGUCCAUUUCACCAACUGGAAGAGAGAGGAAAACCCUCCUGUGGCCAUUCAUAUGCGUCACUAUUUAGGGAACAAGUGAUUAUGCUACUUUUGCACGGUCAGGAUACCAUGGCCAUUUCACAAAUGUCCCUGGGCAGGCGGGCCUCUAAAACUACAAAUGCUAGAGGUGAUUUUAUUGGUAAACAGGAGGGGUUUGUGUUCGUUGAGUUCCUUUCACUUCAUCUUUCCUUGAUUGCCUAUCUGUGUCGGGUCAACAAUUGGUUUGAUAUUGACUUUACAGUCAGGUUAUUUUUAUCUUCUUGUUAACCAUCCGUGGUUAUCCGCUCUGACAGGAGCUUAUGUGAGGGCAAAUAUUUCUUGUUGCACAUACUAGCAUUAUUGAUUGUAUUGUGAAAUUCACCCAGUUGUAACUUAGGAGUUGGUUGUGUAUUUUUGGUACUCAGUUCUUAAGAUCAUAUACCGAUGCCUGAGCCCUACUACGAAUGCUCAUCACCACAGCCCUAACAGCUGCCUACAGUACGUGAAUCAUAUUUUUUCGCCCUUCUAGGACAGCCUCGAUACACCUACUUGGCAAUGCAGGGUUGUAAUGCUUGAACCCCUCAUUGGCGAUGGAGGGGUGUCAUGCUUGCACCCCCCACAUUGGCAAGGGAGUAGUGAUGCCACUACUAAAUCUGACAUUUCCUGAAUACCUUUUUAUACUGUCAGAGCUGAAGAAGCAGUCAUAUAUGUUAAGGUUAGUGUUAGGGUUGGGGUUACGGUUAGAGUUAGAGUUAGGGGUUAGGGUAAAGGUUAUGUCACACUUACAUCCCCCCUUAGGUGCGGGAGGGAGGCACUCAUGCACCUUGCCACCCCUCAGCAUGGGAGGGGUCAUCCAUGUGCCAGACCCCCCCUCCCCCCUCAGCGAGGGAGUAGUGAUGCCACUAUUAAAUCUGACAUUUCAUGAA